GUCAACACGACAACGGUCGGAGCAACGUUGCCCCGACGUUCAGCCAACGUUGGUUCAACGUCGCAGCAACGUUGUAAACCCCGCCCCUGCGCCCUGCUUCGCCUGCCAACACGCUAACGUUGAUCUUCUUGGUUCUUUCGGUAAAGUCACGUAGAAGGGAAGUAAUAAAAUAAUAAAAAUAAAACAUAAUAAAAUAAAAUAAUAUAAUAAACCAAGAAGAUGAAUCCCUGCAGUCACGAAAGCUUUAAAUCGAAAUUUAACGCUAACGUUGGUUCAACGUUGGACCAACGUUCGCCGAACGUUCGCGCAACGUCCGCGCAAUGUCGCGCGUUUUAGUUUUGUUCGUAAACAAAAAUCGCGUUUUUUUAAUACACACACGCGCACGCACGCGCACAAAGUGGCGAGCGCGCGAGCCACGGGGCUUUCCGUAACCCGGGGAUGACGUCACGCGUCGCCCAGGCAACCGCGUUGAGGGCCGCGCGCGCGCGCUCACUUCGCGCGCUGCAUUGUGGUCGCAGCUCCACCGUCGUCGCCGCCGUCGAAAUCACCGAAAAAAAUUCUCCUCAGCGACUAAAACAAUCAAACGAACAGCGACAAACGUCGCCUCUCGCGCGUAUAAUUGAUUGACUUCUCCCUCGCGAGCCCACGAUGGACGCCAGCGCCGUGAAGCGCACCCAGGAGACGCUGGGCCGCGUUAUCCGCAAGCCGCCGCUGACGGAGAAACUCCUCGGAAAACCUCCGUUCAGAUUCCUACACGACGUCAUCACAGAGGUGAUCCGCACAACCGGGUUCAUGAAGGGACUUUACGGCGAGUCGGAUAUGAAAUCGGACAACGUGAAGGAGAGGGAGGCCAAGAUCACCUUCCUGCAGAAGGCCAUCGAUGUGGUGGCGAUGGCGUCGGGGGAGGCCGUGCCGGUGCGUCCGUCCAAGAUCGUGGCCGGUCACGAGCCGGAGAGAACCAACGAGUUCCUGCAAGCGCUCGCACAGUGCUGCCUCAGCAAGCUGCCGAGCGAGGACGCAGUGAGACGCGUGCUCGCCGGGGAGAAGCCCGACGCCAAGCCCGACGCCAAGAGCGACGCUAAGAGCGGCGCCGCACCGGUGAAGUCGCAGGGCAAGGAGAACCGCGACGAGCGCCCGUCGCGGCAACGAGAGACCAAGAAGGAGGUGGAGUUCAAGGAGCCCUCGGGCAGCCGCGAACGCCAGGAGAAGGAGGCCUCCUCGCAAGACAGGCACCAUCGCGACAGGGACAAGGACAAGAGCAAGGAGGGAGACAAAGACGGCAAGGGCAGGGAGAGGGAAAGAGAGCGGCACGCGUCCAAAGACGGCGAAAGGGACCGAGAGAGGACGAAGGACGGCCACCGCGACAGAGACUCGGAGCGGAGGCGGGAGAAGGAGAGCAACGCGGAGGGCUCCAAGGAGCGGGAGAGGGUCGGGGCGAGGGAGCGGGAGAGGGGGGAGAGGGGCGGGGAGCGGGGGGAGAGGGGCGGGGAGCGGAAGGACAGGGACGAGCGAGGAGACCGGGUGGCCGCGGGAAGCAGCAAAGACAAGGACAGGCGGAGGGACAAGCAGCGCGACGAAGAGAAAAAAGAUAAAAAGUCCAGAGACAGGGAGCCGCCGACUGCAGCUACUUCAGAAGACGCACGAGGGCUGGAGCCUGCGUCUGAGCCUGCCGAUGCUGUGGAUUUUGAGGCGGGGAGCCCGGCACGGGUGGUGCGGCCGCCCACAGCCAAGGGCCACCGUAGACGGCACCGCGACGCCGUCACCAACGACGCCGCCGCCGCCGCCGACGAAGAGGCGGAGGGCGCGCAGAAGGAGGAGAAGGAGGAGGAGGGAGCGCGGGUGAACGGCGAGGCUGCUGAUGUCGCUGUGCUACCGCUACAGAGGAGGCCCCCGCGCCCCAGCAGCGCCCGCCCGGCUGCACCGAGAAUCCGACGUCAGGAGAGCGCCGAGACGCAUCCGACCGAGAGGACGGGGAGCGCCAAGGCCGUGGCCAACGUCAUAGUGGAAGGAGGCAGGAACUCCGACGGCGGUGACGACGACGACGACGACGACCAGUUCGUGGUUGCCGAGUCGGCGCCGGCUACCUCGGACUCGCUCGACGCCGCAGGACCCUUGGAGGCUACGGAAGACAUCGAUGGAGAGGAACACGGUGGCCUCGUGAAAAAGAUCCUGGAGACGAAGAAGGGCUACGGAGCGACGCGGACGCCGCCCAAGGUGGUGAUGGACGGCGCGCGUCAGAAGGGGCGCGAGGCGGCGCUGCGCGAGACGGAGCGUCUGCGUGGCGCCGUGCAGGCGCUGUGUCGCAGCACGCUGCCUCUCAGCAAGGUGAUGGACUACCUGCAGGAAGACCUGGACGCCAUGCACGCCGAGCUCGCCACGUGGACGCGUCAGAGGCGGCAGCACGCAGAGGCACUCGCUGACCAGCACAGGCUGACGGAGAAGGCGCUGGAGCCGCUGAGGGCCGAGUUGACGACCCUCGAUCAGCAGAUCCAGGAGCAGCUGGAGCAGAUCGGCGCCGUCAAGGCGUCCGUCCACCGCAACGACGAGAGAAUCGACAAGAUGAUCGGCAGCAUCGGCGCCGGCGCCAGGGCUUAGGGGGACGGAGCGGCGGUCGGGCCGCAGGGCUCGCUCACGGUCCUCCUGCCGCCGGCGGAAGUGUGCGACGUAUGUGGGUACGUACGUACGUACGUAGAACUUUUUUCGCACCGUACGUAGCCAACCGCGCUAAUCAGAGGGGAAGGACAACAAACUAAACACAAACAGGAGCUCUAAUAAAAGUGAGUUUUCAAUUUAGAUUAUUUAAAAGUGGCAUAGCUCCAGUGGCUUCCUAACAUCGGAAGGAAGAGCGUUCCAGACGGCCGCAGAAGCGCAUCUGAAAGCGGCGACCGUCUUUAUUGGAUGGCUAGCCAAAAGCCGCCGCUGCUGCUGCUGCUGCCGCGAGGAUGACCGACGGAGUUUGCGUGAUGUUUUAUGCCCCUUGACGAGAUCCGCGAGCUGUCCCGGUUCAUUUGUGACGAGCACUUUGUGUGUGUGAUUAGCCUUCGGCAACGGCAAGCCAAUGCAACUCGGCGAACACCGAACGGGUAUCUAGCGGAAGAGACGUGGGGCCGGGGGGUGGGGGGGUUGAACUCGUGUAGACUCGCACGGACCGACAGACCCCGUUGUUGAUCGAGACGCAGGGAGGGAGAGGUUGUACACUGGGGGAGCUUUUAGCAAACACACGCCCCAGUCUCAUUGGAUGACACUCCGAAUGGAACUCAAUCGCGAACACACAAACUCACUCGCACGUGCGCGCACACACACGCACACACACACUCGGUUCUGAACAGGGCCUCACUCAUCCCAGGCACUUGUUAGGAACCCAAAGCCGGUAGAAACUUUUCCUGAACGUUGACAUUAAUUAUAAUUGUUGAUGGUCACAGCUGUUGCAGAACUGUUUCCCGUGAUGUCCAUGUUGCUCUCCUGUCUGGACAACCCGCGUAGGGUUGGUGGUUGAACGGCUCUUCCCUCUAACGCGAGGCAGCGUUGCUGGGCUUGCCUCGUUGUUACACACCCUGCUGAUGAGACUCAAUGUACUCGGAGUUUGCCCGUUUAAACAAGUGCUAUACAUAGGAAAAAAUAAAUAAUAGAAAUAAUAAUAGAAAUAAAAAAAUAUUAUUUCUAUUAUUUUUAUUACUUAUUUUUAUUACUUAUUUCUACCUACGUGACUUUACCGAAAAAACCUAAGAGUAUGAAUCCUUGCAGUCACGAAAGCUUCAUUGCAGCCGUGGGGCCACCAGUGACCAAUUUAAUUCUCAUUGAACGUCGUUGCUUUUAACUGUCACUUAAAGCUGUAUAUAUAUGAAGCUAUAACCUUUACACUAAGUUGUACAUAGCACAACAGCUACUUUUCGUAACGGUUUGCAAAACAUCACUUUGAAAAGUAAGCUUGCGUGUUCUCUCGGUACGGAAUUGCACGGAGUUUUAUUUCUAAACGUGCUUUUUGUAUCGUCAAAUGUGUGGCCGUACAAAGUGUUUGUUAAAUGCACCCCCAAGACUUUUUUUUGUUAAAUAAGGGGGGAGUUGUGUGGGUUUUCCCCAGCCACAGUGCUUUUGUCAGUGUGAUGCACAAACACCACCCCAGCUUUUAAGACUCAAGACAUUUCUUCCCAUGCGGUGGCUAUUCUGGACACUUAAAACACAUUCCACGGUAUGCGUUUCUGCCUGCAAAUACUGUGCAUUAGGAACGGGGGGCAGGGGGGGGAGGUUGGCACGGUCUUAUUGAAGUGAUGCAAGGUUAAUUGUUUGGACUUAAAAUACGUACUCAGGUUUGUGAAAUAUUCAAAGAAACCCUUCAAAUAAAAAAAACCUGGAACACUCGAA